AUGCAGGUCAUUCACAGAAAAAGAGAAGAGAUCCUUGCUGCCAGCAGUUGGGCAGGGCGGGAGGCUGGGGAGAGAGGUAAUGUCCCUUUUCAAAAGUGGCAGAGCAACAGCUUGGUCUUGCUCCAGUGGUUUGGCCAGUGACCGAUUCCGUUUCCCCUAAGGAUGCCUCUCAUUAGCAUGAACAGGGGGAAGGGCCAAAAAGAGAGAGAGAGAGAGAGAGAGAGAGAGAGAGAGAGAGAGAGAGACUCGAGUUCAUUUUUAGUUUGGAAAAAUAUUUCCUUUACAAUGACAUCUAAAAGUCUCUGGCUCCUGUGCUUCGCCUUGGCCUUCUCCCUCAGCUCUGGAGCAGGUCCACUGACAUAUGUGGGAAACUCCAUCCAGCUAUUCAGCAAAGAUGUUUAUGGGUCAGUGGAAUCCACACCCAGCCAGAGUAAGUCUCUACUAAGAGGUAUCAGCACUGAGGACCAGCCACUGCCUCCAGGCGACUUGCAAAAGGUGAAAGCAGAACAUGCACACCUGCUGUCUUUGAACAAAAAGAAAAAGGUCAAAUAUUCAGCAGUGAACCAUACAGGUUUAAGGAAGCAGCCUGUCCAGCUUGUUAAAGGCCUCCCUUCUGAGAGCCACCGGGAAGGUGUUCUUCCUGCCACUUACUUCAGUCAUACAAACCGAAUGCACACUGAUAGGCUCCAACUGAAAGCUGCCAAUAGCAUCUCAGCCUACCAUCAUUCCCCUGCCUAUUCCCAUCAUCAAGGCAAAUUGCUGGCAGAAGCACACACUUUCAAAAACACAGGGUCAAACACUGGGCAACGCUCCGCCAAUUUGGACCACCUCAACCGACCUGGCAAGAUAAAUCCUUACUACAAACUCAGCAAUUCGCUCAGGAAUGCCACUGAUCCUUCCCAGCUCACAAACCAACAGACAUUGAGCCUGCUGUAUCACUUCAGUGUCUUAAAGAAUGAUGCUGACACGACAGAGGUGUGCCUGACUGAUUGCAGAACGGAACGCGAGGAGAUGGAGGCCUUCUGUAGCAGCGAAUUUGUUGUGAAUGGGAUUGUUCAUGAUGUCAUCAGGAUACAUAAAGGAACAUGUUUGGUGACACUGUUGGUGAACAGUAAUGGACUGUACAAGAUGAAUCGCCUGUACCUCACUCCUGAUGGCUUCUUCUUACAAGUUCACAUGCUCGUUGUGGAUGCCUUGAACUGCAGUAAACCCUGUCCAGACUUCACACUUGGAACCAGAUACAUUGUAAUGGGUCAGAUCUACCACAGGAGAAGGCAACUACCAGCAGCGCUGCAAGAGCACAUCAGAGGGCACUUGAGGCCAGGAGAUGGGCUGCUUUGGAGGGGCAAUAGCUACAUGAAAAGGUUCAACAGAAGGCGGCACCAGAAAAUUCAACGGGCAGCUCACACCAAAUGUGGAUGAUGCAGCAACACAGCCACAGCUCCUCUGGGACUGCAGCAGGUUCGGAGCUGUUACUGGAAGAAAAGCAACCCCUGCUUUCCCCACUCUCUGGAAACAGGUUCUAGGUCUUGCUUAAAGGGGGAGGGAUGUUGUGUGGCACCCUAAUGACUAACCAGGUUAUUGAGGCAUGAGCUUUCAUUGGCUUCAAUAAUUUACCAGCCGAUGCUAAAACAAGCCACAAUAAUUCAGUUUGCAUCAUAAAAUACAGAGCUUGCAGUCUGGAAUUUGUUAGCAACUUUACACAAGCUUUGUCAGUCACCUACUCUGUUUCAAGUUUGCAGUGUACUUUUAUAGCAGUAUCUCUGCCUGUCUUUAGCUAUAUUCCUUGAGAGGAUCAUGUGUUUCAUUAAAAUUGAUUUUUUCCCAGCUUGUUGGCAAAUUUUUACAGGUGAAAAUCAACAUGGGAAAACAGUUCUAGCUGAAUACAUAUGGAAAAAUUAAUGUGAAAAGAACAAAAUUUAAGAUAUACACGUUUGCUUCUUACCCACCAUCUUCCAGGUUCUGGUCUUGAAUAAUUUAAUUCCCAGUUCUUAAAACCAAAUCAAAUUUAGACAUCCAAAGAUUCCAAUUAGCUUUAGAAAAAGAUUGCUUCCUAGGUACUUUGCCUGAACAGAACUGUGAUUUGUCAUUAUCCAAGCUCUGCAAUUAAAGACAGAAAAUGCAAGCAAUCUACAGAAGCAGCUCAAACUGAAAAUCAAACACUGACACUACUUGCUGACAUAUAUGUGUUUCUAUGAGGAGCCAACAGGUUAGUAUGAAUUGGGGUAGGGUUCAAAUUUUGAAAUAUAAUACAUUAUUUGGAACUAUCAGAAAAGCAUGUGAUUAAGAACCAAAAAUACAUCGGAUUUUAACUAACAAAGUUUGCUUAUGAAAUUGGGUUUUCCACCUUCCCACAUGUAGUACUUUGGACAUCCCUCAUUCACCAGGGUUGAUGGACUAUCCAGAAUGGCUUGAGGCACAAGGGCCUAGAACGAGGGGAAAUUGACAGAAAUUGCUGGUAGAAGGUAGGAUCUUGGCAUGUCAUUAUUUGACUUCCUUUUUGCUUGUUUACAGAAGCAAUUUAUGGUGGGAACCUGGGGUUUCUUCAGACACAAAGCUUAAGCAGUCAUAUUUACCCUCAAUUUCAAAUUUAAUUACCAUAGGCUAAGCAGAAAAAUGUGUGAAUACUGCAGCUCUCAAUUAAAAAAGUAAGCAAAUCUUGUUAACCAUCCCCCUCCCCCGGCAAAUGUACAAAGAAAUUAGGCAUAUAGAAAUAAUAUGCAAGCAUGCAAAUAGUUAUUUACUUAUUGGCCAGUUUAAUUAUUGAUGUCUUAAAUGCAAUUACUUCAUAUACAAAUAUUGUGAGAAAACAUUGAGAGUUGAUUUGGUGAGAACUAGGUGUGCAUUCUAUAUGAUGGUAACAUCUCCAAGAUGUAGUUACUAUUAGAAGAAAGCAGUAUUGUGUAAGAAUGGCCAGUUCUAGUAACAGGGCAUAUAUGCAUGUAUUGAAAAAAAAUAUACCUCUUCAGCUCAAAUCAAUUAGAGAAAAAUAGUUUCCUUGAUGAGAGGUAGAAAGGGAAUGGAGGAUUUCAUCAGCACUCUCUGGCAUUGCAGUUUUUUUAAAAACUGAGCUCUGGCUGGAAUCACCUAUGAGAAAUGCAACCCUAUACUGGCAAACAUUCUGAAAUGUUAGAUCUGUCAUGAUUUUCUAACAGGUUAAUGCAUUUUGUUAAUGGAAGGAAAGUAGUUGGUUUAGACUGUGUGGGGAAAUGGCACUUACAUUCAAUAUGUCAGAGCUGAAUUUUUUCCAAGGUAUCUUGAAUGAAGGCAUUUUAUUUUGUCAAAAUGAAACGUCCUGGCAACAGCCCAGACCAGAGGAAGGACGGGGGGUGGGGGGCAGGGCGGCCUGCAUAGAAUUCUUCCCAUUAGUUCUUUACACUAUUUUCUAUAAUUAACUCAAAUCUAAAUGUCUGUGAUACCAGAUUUUUCCAUUACAAGCAGAAAGGAUAGCACCAGUGUGGUUUUAAAAUUUGCUUUGUAGAAAAGACGAUUACCUGUUUUGACUAUGGUGUAUCAAUAAAGCAACUAUUAAUGUAUCUGUAUUAGAAAUAAACUAAUAAAAAUGAGGUUCCAGAGAUUCUCAAUUGCUUUGCUGAUCUUGGUGAUCUGUUCCUUUGUUUGAUCCACUCAUUCUACUUCCAUGACAUUUUUUCUUGUCCAAAGCUAAAACUUGCCUCAUUAUUUAGUCCAAUUUAAUGGGGCUUCAUGCUUUUAUUUUAAGAAUAUCCCAUAUUACCAGUCAGUGUCUGCAACAGUAACAAUGGUUAAUAACAAUAGCUUGGCUGGCUCUUGAUUUUCUGUGUUUUUCUGCCUUCAUUUCCCACUGGAGCCUGAUGUGCCAGAUGCCAUGAGGUUCUUCUAAUUCCAAGGAGGGCAGGCACACAAGGAAAAUGGAAUUAAUCAAAAUCAGGGAGUCUAGAAUGAUUUGUUCCAACUCAAUACGUAGUACUUAUAUAGGCUGUAGAGUAUUCAGAGUGCUUCACAUACAGUGAUCCAGUUCAGCUGUAAUGAUAAACCAUAGCAUGGUGUUAUGUGCAGAAGCCAUGGCAAGCUUUAUGUGCUCCCCCUUUUAUGUGCAAAUAUGGAAAAUUUUGAAUGGAAGUUUCUAAUUUCCUCUCACUAGUGAAAAGGAAGUGCACAAGCCAGAGGCUUGCUGUGGAUCAUGUAUACAGGUGUGAGAGAGAUGUGUGUGGUAUGGCUGAUCAUAGCUUUCCUAAAGCCUCGUGACUUCAUGAUUGAGAUAUUUGAACUGUGAGUUUCCUGCUAACUAAGUGCUCAGUACAAUCCUUUAUAUACUAAGACAUCUCAGUGAAUUCUGUAGGAUAUUUUUUUAAGUAAACACGUUUAAGACACAUGUACAUUUUCUUAAUGUUCACACACUCACAUGACAAUGCUAUAUAUACUGAAGAAUGGCAAAAGCAGACUUGCCACAUAAUUGGUGGUAAAGACAACAAAAACACAUUAGUUUGUGAACCCAGCCUUUUUUUCUUGUGUCUUGUG